UUCCUCUGCCACCUCCUCUCUCCCUUUUCUCAGCGGCGGACCAGGGUUUCCCUCCCCUCUCUCGGCGCGCGCGCUAUCCCCUCGUGGCCUCGAUGGGGGCGGGGCGGGGCGGGGCGGCUACAGGAUUCCUUCUUCUUCGGUUGGCGGUUGGCGUGGCGUUGUAGGUCACAACCCUUCCUUCACUGCACUAUGGAUACACAUGCAUAUACUUCUUCCGUGUUGGAGGAAGAACAGGAGGCUUCUCGGAAGUUAAGGUUGCAUUUUAGUGAGAUAGAAGCAGUGCAAAAACAAAAUCAAACUCAAAAUGAGCCAACGUUAUUUCUCGACUGUCUUGUGUAUGGAGAAACAUCAUCACUGGGCACUGAUAACAAAAUAUGGAUAGGUGCAGAGACGAGUGACGGUAUAAACUUUAAAAUCUCAUUAUGCACUGAAGCACCGCCUGGUUUUUCUCAUCUCUUUCUUAAGACGGAUGAUGCAGUGGCUGUUACCCCCACCAGCACCGUGUUUCGUGACGGUGUGAAAAAGAAGUUGCGUGCUGAAGCCCUGGCAUCUUGUUACAAUGCUAUUCUGAUGCAGACUAUUGUUGAUACUCAGACCUAUCCUUAUUUCUAUCACGAUUAUUUUUUGCUUAAGAAUGAUGUGCCAUCUCCAGUUAUAUCUCGUCUUCCUGAGAUUCCUGGUGGUCCUGACCUUAAUUUUGGCCUCCUGCAUCAGAGUGGUCAUUACACAGUGGCUGUGUUGAAGGAAGGCAUGCCAUUGACAACUGCAAGGUCUUCUUCCGUAUAUGAAAGGAGUAUGGCAACUGAAGGUCCGCCAUGUGUAUGCAUCUUAUCUACGUCAACAGGAGAAUGGAAAACUAAGAGUGUCUCUCUCCCUGAUUAUCUUACUUCCUGGAUGGGACAUUCAUACAGUGCUUGCAAAUGAAAAUAGUUUUUGGUGGGUGGAUUUGUGCUGUGGAAUCCUCUCUUAUGAUCUUGACCAGCACCAAUCUGCUCUUGGGUUCAUCCCAGUUCCAACAGCAUGUUUAGAGGAUGGGUACAGACAAGAUCGUUUUGUCAGCAUCAGCACAGGAGAACUUAGGUUUGUCCAUAUCUUUAGGAAAGACGAUCUUUUCUGUGAUUAUGGUAUCAAGUCACAGCAGUGCGAAGAUUAUGUCAAGACUUGGAGUUGGAGAGAUGGGCAGCGGGUUGAAGAGUGCGAGAUGAAAUUUGCAGAUUUUUGGGAAGGCACAAGCUAUUCUUCAAGUCGUCUACCGAAGUUUGUACCAUCAUAUCCUACUGUUGAUCCUUGCAAUCAUAAUCUGGUAAACUUUUACUUACCAACUGGCCAACGUUUUGAUGGUCAUGUAAUUUGUGUCGAUUUGCCCUCUAUGGAGAUCAAAUACUGUGGCAAAGUACGCGAGGGCUUACUUCACGGGCUACGCCUAGAAAUAUUUGAGUUUUCAGGUGUUUGGAAUGUAAGAAGGAGCAAAGGAGGAUCAGCAGCAGCAGGAGUCCUGGGAGAGGUAAAGAGACUGCACUGAAAACAAAGCAUCGUCGGCUGGAGGCCUAAUUGGACCAUUCUUAUCCUGCUUUGAGUUGGCCCAAACAGCACACGGGAAAACGGGCUAGGCCCAUUGAAUAAUGUCUUCUAAAAAAAAGUGAUAAACAAAAAAAAUUAUAUAGUACAGAAAAAUACAGGGAAACAAAAAUUUGCAACGUGCCAUGCUCUAUUAUAUAAAAGUUUCCAUGUUAUACAAUUUGAAACUGGGAAAAAGUUAUGAAUUUUUAAACAUGCCACGCGGCAAAAUUUACACAUGUUUUGUAAUGUACAUACGACAAUAAAUUUCAUGUUUUAAGAUGGAAAAUUUCUUGCAUUUUGGUGUAUAUGACAAGGCAAUUUUCGGAA